AUGCAACGCAUCGACGAUGUGGCAAGCCGUAUUGAUGGAGCUAUCAGCAAGCUACAAUCUGAUGUUGAAGAGAUGAAGGACUCUCAGCAGUUCAUUUCGAAUGAAUUUGAAUCCGUUAAACACACACUCUCUGAGCACGAUAACGAAAUACGUUCUACGUCAGAGCAGAUCAAAUGCCUAAAGGAAGACAAUUCUACCCUGCGUAACCACAUGGAAGAGUUGAACUACGAGGUUAAUGUUGUUAAACAGAAAAGUCUGGAGAGUAACUUUCUCAUAUCGAACCUGAUCAAAACAAAUGAUGAAAAUUUAUGUAUGUUGGUUGAAAGUAUCGCAAGACUGUUGGAUAUUCCGUUUAAUGCUGCAAACAUCCUUGGGGUUUCGCGGCUGUCUUCAAAGAACCAGAAAGAUAUUCAACCUGUAUUGGUACGGUGUACUACCGUUUAUGUGAAGGAGCAAUUUAUGAAUGCCAUCAAAGGACGUCCAAUCACGUGUGAAGAGAUAGGUCUCGGAGUCAAACAGCAAAUUUUCAUCAAUCAUCAUCUUACAUCAAUCAACCAGCGUAUAUUGGGUGCAACACGGAAGUUCAAGAAGGAUUACAAUUACCGCUUUGUUUGGUUUGCAAAUGGCUCAGUAUUUCUGAGGAAAGAUGAGAAUUCCAAAAUAAUCCGAGUAAACGAUGUUCAUGAUCUGCCUAAUUCAUAA